AUGGCCUCAGAGAAGUACCCAGACAAGAGCUGGGAAGAGAAAAAGCAUCCAGAGAACAAGAUGGAGCAGCCAUAUGGCAGCCCCAAGGAAGAGGAGGAGGAGGAGGAGGAAGAGAAGAUGGAGGAUGAUGACUAUGAGGACAAUGAUGACAACGAUGAUGAGGAGGAGACAUAUGAAAAUGAAGAGCCAGUGAAGCACCAUUGCCCCCACCCUGGCACCCAACCCUUCCUCUGUGGUGACUGGGGCAAGAGGUUCAAAAACAGUUCCACCUUCACCAUCCACCGCCGUAUCCACACCGGAGAGAAGCUGUUCCCAUGUGCGGAGUGCGGCAAGAGCUUCACCGAGAGCUCCGGAUUCAUUCGGCAUUGCCUCAUCCACACUGGUGAAAAGCCGUUCAGCUGCGCCGACUGCGGCCAGGGUUUCACUCAGAGCUCUAACCUCACUAGGCACCGCCGCAUCCACACUGGUGAGAAGCCCUUCAGCUGCAAUGACUGUAGCAAGAGGUUCAAAAGCAGCUGCACCUUAUCCUACCACCACCACAUCCACACCAGAGAGAAGCUGUUCCCCUGUGCAGAGUGUGGCAAGAGCUUCACCCAGAGUUUCCUUCUCCUCCGGCACCAACUCAUCCACAGCGGUGAAAAGCCAUACAACUGUGCUGACUGUGGCAAGAGCUACAACAGGAGCUCAAACCUGACCAGACACCGCCUCACCCACACUGGUGAGAAGCCCUUCAGCUGCAGUGACUGUGGCCAGAGCUUCACCUACAGCUCUCUCCUAGCCCAGCACCGCCGUACCCACACUGGUGAAGAGCCCAUCAGCUGCAAUGACUGUGGCCAGAUCGUUACCUACCGCUUCCUCCUAACCCGGCACCGCCGCAUCCACACUGGAGAGAAACCCUUCGUGUGUGGUGACUGCAAUAAGAGAUUUGCUACCAAGUUCUCUCUUAGGAUGCACCUUCGUGUCCACACCAGUGAGAAGCCCUUCACUUGUUACGACUGUGGCAAGAGCUUCAAAAACGGCUCCACCCUCACCAUCCACCAACGAAUCCACACGGGAGAGAAGCUGUUCCCCUGUGCUGACUGUGGCAAGAGCUUCACCACGAGCUGGAGAUUCAUCAGGCACCAACUCAUCCACAGUGGUGAAAAGCCAUACAGCUGUGCCGACUGCAGCAAAAGCUUCAACUGCAGCUUUGACCUUACCAACCACCGCCACCGCGCUCAUGCCGGUGACAAGCCCUUCACCUGCAGUGACUGUGGCAAGGGCUUCAAACACAGCUCCACCCUCACCGUCCACCGCCGUAUCCACACUGGAGAGAAGCUGUUCCCCUGUGCUCACUGUGGCAAGAGUUUCACCGAGAGCUUCAGACUCCUCCAGCACCAAUUCAUCCACACUGGUGAAAAGCCGUACAGCUGUGCUGACUGUGGCAAGACCUUCAAUUGCAGCUCCAACCUCACCCACCACCACCGUAUCCACACUGGUGAGAAGCCCUUCACCUGCAGUGACUGCGGCAAGAACUUCACCUUCAGCUCCAGCCUCUACCACCACUGCCGUACCCAUGCCAUUUCUGACAUAGUCUGCCUUGCUCCAGUCAGCAGAAGAAGAGAAGGUAAAAACCUGGUUAAAGAUGAUGACAAUGGCAGAGACCGAGCCAAGGGGGAAGUGCUGCUUCACCACACCCCGCCCCCGAAACCCAUCUCCGGGAUCGGAGGCAGCCGACCCUGCCUACCGGGAAUCGUCAUCUCCAUCAUGAGGGCCGAAGGACCCAGCCCUGUCAUGUGA